AUGCGCUCCUUCACCGUUGCAUCUGUCCUUUUCGGUGGCUUGAUGGCCACCUCGCCCGUGUACGGCCAGCAGUGUAAACUGCAGUUCGACGGACGAGUCCCUGCGAACUUCAAGCCUGAAAACUUUGAUAGCGUCAACAACAUCUUCGACCCCAAGAAUGUUCUUGGCAAGGGCCUCAAGUUUAGUGACCUGAUCGAGUUGCCCGCCCUCCAGCAGCAGUCAAUCUUCGACGUUGGUGGCAAAACCCAGGCUCUUGAGGUCACCAUCAAUGACAAGUCCAUCUUUGUCCCCAACGCCGACACGGUACAGAAUGGCUUCCGACGUGCCGAGCUGCUCAUCGCCAGCAACUCGGGCACCGACGACUCGACCAAGGGUGUCAAGACCCUCCAUUUCAGCGUGGCCAAGGACGCCAAAAGGCCGCUGAACCUCACCCACGAGUAUCAGAUCGUGUUCCUUGAGGACAACAAGUUCAGCACCAACCAGAUUGUUGUCAAGACCGGCACCAUCGCAGGACAGGCGAACGCCAACCCCGACACCCUCAACGUGUUUGGAAACGUCGCCUCCAGCCCGCCCAAGCUACUGUUCAGCACUCCCUUUGGCGCGGAUGGCUUCCACAACUUUGCCAUGACGCUGGACUUUAACAAGAACACCACCCAGGUCUUCUUCUCCAAGGGCAACGAGCCUCUCAAAGCCGUCAGCAAGGCAGAGGCCAACGACGUCAGCGGCGGCGGUCAGUUCCACUUUGGCAUCCUCAAGAAGGGCGUCGGCAAUGCCAAGGAUGUUGUCCGCGAGGGCAUCCAGGAGGCAAACAUCAACGAGGGCUUGAUCUAUGGAGGUAUCUUCAUGGAGGACAGCGCCGGUGGAUGCAUUAGCUUGUCCGCGGGCGCCGGAAAUGGAACCAAUGCCGCCGGAGCGGCCGCUCCAGCGACCGCUAAGAAGGCUGGCAAAGCUGCCAAAGCCAAGCAGUAG